GUCAGAUGGCACGCGGAACGCUUUCUCAAGAACAAUGCACGUGGCCCGUACAAGCAUGCUGCCUGCCUUACGCACCAAUGCCGCUCGAGCGUUAUGUUCGACCCAAUGGGACCUUGAACAUUUCUAUGCACGUGGGAUGUCUUCCGAUGCGUCGGGAAUACGAGAGGCCGCAUCACCGGGGACCAAGAAGAUGCCUCCCGCACAAAGUCAUUGUACGUCAAGUCUCAGGCCUAGCUCCAAGAAGCUCUCAUGGCAGAAUUCAUCUUAUGGCACGAGCAUCGCGUACGAGGCGAUUCGGAUUUCAUCAACUGCUAUCAGCUGGACCUGCGCACCCUAAAGGACAAUCCUUCGCGGUGACCCUUUCAACACGUGUGCGAAGCAUCUCCAGAGGAGUACAAUGCCGGCAACGCCCAAGAGUCCCGACAGAGCCUCUCAGACCAUCUUGUUGGGCUAGACCCAGCAUGCGUGUGCGUAAACGUUAUCAAGACCGUGGUGGGCGUGAAGCAGCGGCAUCAGAAUCAGACACUGGCUGAUCCAUCCAUUGCGAGAAGAUCGGUGCAGUUUGAGGGCUGUGCGUACACCGUGGCAUGACCACAUGCUGACAUUCUCAACGCAGAGAUCGGCAUCGCGUCAGUUCCG